AGAUGCAACUUGAUGCUCGGCGGCUCUGCUGCAAUGCACAUCAUUGUGAUCAAAUGACACACUGUACAAGAAAGUGUGACGUAUUCUAAUUUCAGUGUCUUUGUCUGCAGGCAACGAAGCCUCUGAGAUUCUCAGCCGUACGACGUCAUGAUGUACGGACAGAUCCUUCAUCCGCACGACCCCGAUGAUCGCUUCAUUAACGUCAACGUUGGUGGUUUCAAACAACGAAUGGAGCACGACGUUCUGAAGCGAUUCCCGCAAACACGUCUGAGUCGCCUUCUGUGUUGCAGCUCCGAAGAGGCGGCCCUGGAGCUCUGCGAUGACUUCAGCCCCUCUGAGAUGGAGUACUACUUUGACCGCAAUCCGCGUUUUUUCUGCUACGUUCUCAACUUUUACCUCACGGGCAAAAUCCACCUGGUGGACGGGUUGUGCGUGCUCUCUUUUUGCCAAGAGAUCGAAUAUUGGGGCAUCAAGGAGCGCCACCUGGACUUCUGCUGCAGCAACAAAUUCCACGAAAUGAUGGAUCUCGCUGAAGACAAGAGCUGGGACCAGGAGAGCGAUGAACUGCAGCUCCACAGCUCGGACUCAUCGACUGAGGAGCUGUCAGCUUUGGCGGAAGAAAUGUUUGAAGGCUCCUGGUGUGCAGAUGUCCGCAGGAACAUCUGGAUUCGACUUGAGGAUCCAGGUUACUCCACUUCAGCCAAAGUGAUGGCCGUAGCAUCCCUAAGCGUGGUCCUUGUCUCUAUUGUUGCCAUGUGCGUCCACAGCAUGCCGGACUUCCACCAAGUGGAUCUCAAUGAUAAGAAGGUUGAAAACCCGGUGCUGAAUAUCUUUGAGGGCCUCUGUGUUCUGUUCUUCUCUGCAGAGUUUAUUCUUCGCUUGGCUGUUGCACCAUCAGCCAGGAAGUUCUUGUGCAGCCCUCUCAAUAUUAUUGACUUAAUGUCAAUUAUGCCCUUCUAUGUCACUAUGGCCUGUGAUGUAAUGGAUGGAGGUGAGAGCCCAGAGCUGGAGAAUGUUGGCAAAGUGGUGCAGAUCUUAAGGUUGAUGCGAGUGUUUCGAAUCCUUAAACUCGCUCGCCACUCAGCUGGCCUCCGCUCUCUCGGUGCCACGCUGCGCCACAGCUCCAGUGAAGUCGGGCAGCUGGUGCUCUUCUUGUCCGUGGGCAUUUCAAUGUUUUCCGCUCUCAUUUACUUCGUGGAAAAAGAAUCGCAAGAGUCGGAGCUGCAGACUAUGCCUAUCGGCUGGUGGUGGGCCACCAUUAGCAUGACUACAGUGGGCUAUGGGGACACCUGUCCCGUCACUCCUGGUGGGAAGCUGAUAGGAACCCUGUGCAUCCUCUGCGGGCUGCUGAUCGUGGCUCUGCCCAUCACUAACAUCUUCAACAAAUUCUCCAAGUUCUAUGAGAGGAAAAGACAGCUAGAUCUCAGACGAAGCAACAACUGAACCCUCGCCAGCGAGUUCCAGGAUGCAAUGUCAAAACAUUUAACCCCCACAAACUCCUUCAUCACUCACAAGAAGUUGUAAAAGAAGCUGUGGCCAUGACACAUGAGCAGGGGAAGAGGAUUAGCUGCACAAUGUACUAUAAUGAACUUGGCUAAAAU